AUGUCGGUCGCUUCGCCGCCGCCGCGGCUUAAACAUCAUCCCCUUCCCUCGGUUGUUGGCAAGCGCUCAAGAUGUCGGUCGCUUCGCCGCCGCGGCCGCGCGAGAUGGCCCAAGAGACCACCGACAACUGCCGUCCACCACUGGAAGCAAGUCUCAAUCGCCGGUCUCGAUAUGACCAACGGCGCCCGGGACGAAAAGCAUUUCAAAUACCAGACCACCGAGCUUCUCCAGAGGAGCCGAGCUAUUCAGCUCCAGAUGAACAUGUGUUCGUGGAAUCAGGAGAUUCUCCGAAUCAGCGGCCUCAUUACCAGCAACUCCGUUCAGGGGAAGACUUGCGGUGGCUACCAGGGCGGCGGUGGCUACCAGGGCGGCGGUGGCUACCAGGGCGACGGUGGCUACCAGGGCGACGGUGGCUACCAGGGCGGAGGUGGCUAG